UGAAAAACCAUGAAACAAAACGAGGAACGAAAGAGAAGAAGUAUUCCUCUCGUUAAAGAAAAAAGAGAAUUACGAUUCCGCCUCGAUCCUUCAUCUGAUCGAUUUUGUUUCGAUCGGGGAUCAUCUGAUUGCGAUCUUUCGAAAUCGAGGAACCUUUGGUGUGACCGAGGAAUCACCACCAUGUUCAAUUUCUGGGGAUCAAAGGAGCAGCAACUUGGGGGGGAGUCUCGUCCUUCUUCUUCUUCAGAACCAUCUCCACAAUCACCUUGGUACUCUCCGUCUCUUGUCACCUCUCCUAGCUCAUCCAGGCCUCAAUCAUCAGGAGGGCAGAUCCCAUCACAUGUUUCGCCAGGUGAAGCUGCCGGCAUUAUUGCUCUUUUGAAAGACAAAAGUGUGGAUGAGCUCGGGAAGCUUUUGACUGACAAGAAUGCGUACCAGCAGUUCUUGAACUCGCUUGAGCAGGUCACUAUUCAAAACAACAUCAGAGAAGAGCUUCGCAAAGAAACAUUACAUCUAGCUAGAGAAAACUUGGAGAAGGAGCCACAGAUAGUGGAGCUCAGAAACCAAUGCAGAAUAAUCCGUACAAGUGAGCUUGCAACUGCUCAAGAGAAGCUCAAUGAGCUUGAGAAUCAAAGAGAAGAGAUCCUCAAAUUCUACUCUCCUGCCUCUCUUCUUCAUAGACUUCAAGAUGCAAUGAAGAAGGGAGAUGAAGAAUCAGAGGAGCUGCAACAGAAGUAUAUGGAGAAGGAGAUUGAUACAGCAGCGUUUGUGCAGAAAUACAAGAAGCUGAGAAGCCAGUAUCAUCGUCGCGCUUUAAUCCAUCUCGCUGCAAAAACUUCAUCCGUGGGUUGAAGAACUUGAAACACAAAGGAGCUUUUGGUUUGUUUCCUUAAAGCCGUUGUGUAAAGUAAAACAGAAACACAUUUAAAGAUAGCUCACUACUGAGACUUAUCUGAAGAAACAAUAGUAUUGGAUUACAGAAUCAUUGCUAUUAUGAUCUCUGAAUCUGAACCUUGUAAUGUUUGAAUCUUUUCGUUAUAUACAUGGGGUGUGAAACAUUGAAGAUUAUAUGAUGUAUUAUGAAACUUACAAGAGCUUGCAGUA